UGGAUGUGUAGGUUGAUUUAAUCCAGGGCGCGCCCCAAACAAGCUCAAGCAAGUGCCCCUGGAACGCUGGCAACACCCCAAUCCGGAAGCAGAAAGGGGGGGAAAUAACACAACACACACACACACACAGUCUGUAUUCCGGGUGUGCAGCUGUCGGGGAGAGAGGAAGAACAGCAAACCUUCUGACCCACAACAGAUCAGCAUUGGGUCAGCUGAGGACAAUGUCGGAAGGGGACCGGCCUACGAGCGGCCUGAGCCAAGCCAGCAGCACAGUCACCAUCUCUUCCGUCUCCAUGGGAACUAAGCCACGGUCAGCCCGGCCUGUCCGGAAGGUUCACGCUUUCGGGAAGAGGGCAAACUCCAUCAAGAGAGACCCCAACUCGCCUGUCAUCAUGCGGGGGUGGCUUUAUAAACAGGACAGCUCUGGUCUUAAACUCUGGAAACGGCGUUGGUUCGUCCUGUCUAAUUACUGCCUCUUCUACUACCGAGACAGCCGCGAAGAGAAAGUUUUGGGCAGCAUCCUUCUCCCCAGCUAUGAGAUCCGGACAGCGUUUUCUAAGGAGAAGAAGAACCGGCGCUUCAUAUUCAAGGCUGAACAUCCUGGCAUGAGAACCUAUUAUUUCAGCGCAGACACCCAGCUGGACAUGAAUAGCUGGAUCCGCGCCAUGAACCAAUCAGCCUCUGCCGAGUGCGACUAUGGAAGCUACAACCGGAGGGGUCUCCACAGCCAGUCUGCGUCCACGUGCACCAGCUUUGAGGACGUCACGCUCACACAAAACGACUAUGCCAAAAGCGCAGAAUCCCUGGAGAUCGCCCGUCUCUCGGAGGCACACGACGGGGAGGCCUCGUCGUCCGACAGCCUCCAUGCGCAGGACAGUCAGCAGGGGACUCCACGCCUUGGGAGGACGUCGUUGUGCAGCUCGCUCAACGGCGGAUACAGCCACAUAAGGAAAGAGCAACCAGAUUUAAGCUCCCUGUCUUCCCAGACUCACGGAAGCCCCUCCCCUGUCAUCCGCCCCAAGCACUCCUCCCGGCCGCGGUCCCCCUCUGAGAGCCCCACGCCUUCCUCCCCAUCCCGGACCCCUCAGCCUUCCCCUCUGCUUUCCAUCCGCUCCUCUCGUUCCUACUCCCUCCCCCUGACCCCUGCUGAAUCGCCUCAGAUACCCGACGCCCGACAGUCACCCCCUCGCACCCGCAGGAAGCCCCCGAGAGCUGCUGCCACUGCCGCACAGGCCACCUCCUGUGAGGACCUGUCCUCCAUGGCCUCCCUGAGGGGCCUCGGGCGCCCCAACACCCCCAUGGGGCGCGUGGACAUUGCCCCUGGCGAAGGCCCUCCCAACAACCCAUACGCCACACUGUCACCCGCCACCAGGGGGCGCACCCUGACACCUGCUGACCGGUAUGACGUGUUCCCCUCCUCCGAAGACCCCUAUGGCAGGCGUUACACCCGGAGCCCUCACCACAGCAGGGCCCGGCCCGUGGGCGAGGAAGGCCUGACGCCCUCAUUGGCGAGGCAGCUGCCGCCCAGCAGAUUUGCAGACCGAGGUUAUCUCUCCCCGCCAGCUGGGACGUCCCGUGCGCUGGUCAUGUCUCGGCUACAUGGGCGACUGAUCACCCCCCACUCUGCUUCCUCCAGCUACCUCCACUUACCACCCCUGCCCCCCCUGCCUAACCGACCCACCUCUGGGAAAAGGACGUCGUUGGGAACCACGUGCCGGACUCUGGUGCGGGAGAGGAGCAUCCAUUCUGCCGGGGGGCAGCGGUUUGAAAGCGACACCGAUGCUCUCUUGACAAAACUUUGCGGCCAGGACAAGGUGCUUCGUGGUCUCGAAGAGGACACGGCACAUCUCCGGGCUGAAAAGGAGCGGAUUGAGAAAGCCUUGGAGGUGACACGCUUGAGGCUGGAGGAGUUUAAAGGCCAAGAUGCCACGAUGGAGAAAAUCUGCUACCAGCAGAGGCAGCUGCAAGAUGAGCUAGUGCAAACCCGAGCUCGCCUCUGCGAUCUGGCGCUGGACAGUGAACGGGCGUGGGAGGAUUAUUCCGCCUUGGAAAAUGACCUGCAGAUGGUGAAGGGCUCCUUGGAGCAUAUCCGAACUGUGGGGCACCCCCAGGACCAAGUAGCUGCCCAGCAAGAUUUGUGGAGGAUCCACGACAUCCUGGCAGGACUGAGAUCCAGCCCAGCCAACCACCACACCCUAGAAAGCAGAAGAUCAGGUGUGUCUCCAGCUACCACCCCAACCCUGGAUUCUCAUCUGGGGCCAAGCCACACACCCCAGCAGCUUUGUGCAGGAGUGGAGGAGUUUGAAUCAUCUCCUCCUCCCAAAUCCACCCUGUCCUUCCACGAAUCCAGCACCAGCCACUUGCCAGCAAUGGUGGGCCAGCUGGACAGCCCUCAAGCAGGGAAUCCGCCUCAGAGUCCGCCUGCUUCCUGCAGAGGGCAACAGGGGUCAUCACGGCAGUCGGAUGCGACCAGGCGGCCUUGGAACAAUUCCUCCGGUGAGCCCGCAGAGUCCGAGAAAGUGAGGACAAAGGAUGUGGUUGGUCCAGAUCACGGAAGCCACAUCAGCAAACUCUGUGAAGAUACUGAGCACAGCAUAAUCAAGGUCGUCCCCACAGAAGUGGUCGCCUCUCGCCGGCCUCGCAUGAGUGCGCAGGAGCAGCUGGACCGGAUGCAGCGGAACCAGGAGGCCAAAAGGAAAUCGGAGGCAGCCCAGCCAAACGCUCUGGGCCACCGGCGAGACUCUCUCAAGCGCGGGUCCGGCCGGCCCCUCCCCAAUACCCCCCCUGAGCCAUCACCCAAGGAGGGCGUGCAAACUGGGGGACUCAAGCCUCCUCGGUGCCCCCCGACCCCUGAGUGGGAGCGACAGCGAGUAAUCCAGCUCUCCUACGCCCUGGCGACAGAGGCUUCGCAGCAGCGGGGGAAGCGCAUCGCAGGAAGGACCAGCUCUCACUCCUCCCUAGACGAUAUCCCUGUGUCCCAUGAAAGCCUGAACCAUCACGGCCUCCCUGAUGACAGCCCCUCCAAAGAGCCAGAGCUCCGUGGACCUGCGCUAUCUGAGCAUGACCAAACAGCUGCUCGGAACUCAAGCUGCCACAAUAACUCUGGAACGGUGAAUCACGGGCCAAUCCACGCAAGCAAUCGAGUGCCGCGUGCUUCGGAAACUUCCGACUGGCCGCUGCCUCCUCUUCCCAAGGAGGCGGGCCGGUCAAAGCCCAAGACUCUGCAGUUGGCCUCACACCUGCUGGAACCAGCCAAUGAAGAGCUGUCCCUGGUCAGUGGUCCUCCCUGGGCAGCGCCUUUGCCUCAGCCAACCAGCCAGCACCUGUCUAUUUCUAGAACAGCCAAUUGGGCAUCUGAGCAAAGCCUUGUGGGUGGGCAGGGCGCAGCCAAUGGUAGGUGCCUGAAGUGGAGGGGCGAGAGCCAGUCCCGCCAGGUGGUGGCAUGCCUUGGCAAGACAGCGCAGCCUGUCAGGGUCACCCUGGUAAAAUCCAGCUUUUAGCUCCAGAGGGUGGAGGACCAGGAUUGAGGGGGUGGGGUAGGAAGCCCUGCUGCCUGGCUCCAUCUUUUCUCUAACAGGGACAGGGCAAAAGAAUAAGUUCAGUCCCAUAGAGUUGGCAGGCUCAGAGGGACCGUUUCCAUAGGAACAUAAGAAGCUGCCUUAUAGUAAGUCAUGCCAUUGGUCCAUCUAGCUCAGUACUGUCUACACUGACUGGCAGCAGUUCUCCUGCGUUUGGGGCAGGGAGUCUUUUCUGGCCCUAUCUGGAAAUGCUGAGGAUUGAACCUGGAACCUUAUGCAUAGAAAGCAGGUGCUCUACCAGUGAGCUACAGCCCUUGCAUCUCUUCCACUCCGUUUUUUUUUUGUAACUCUCCAACCCUAGAUAGCAUAAUUUUUUAAAAAACCAAAAAAAAACCACCCUUGUUAUAAAUCCCAGGCGGUCAGAACCGCAAACCGCCCCCCCUUCUCAAAACGCAUGCACUCACUUAUAUAUGAAUACGUUACACAUGUCUUUACACACAAGGCCACGAGUUUGGCAAGAUGCACUAUUCCAUCGCUAUUGUGCCGACUUGCACACACAAGUUUAGGAGAGUAUCUUCGACUGGGUUCACUGCACUCGUCUCCCUCCAAAAACCUUUGCAGGAUGGGGGGUGGGGACUUACAAUGGCAUGACUUUGGAAGCACAGCCCGGAUAUGGGGGUCCUGAAAUCAAAUCCCUGAGGCAGAGUUCUCAGUUGUUCCAGUUUGCCUCAGGAAACUGCCUGAGGUCAAGCUACUCACCCAGGUCUCUACAAUGAGUUGGUGGCAGAGAUGGUACCCUUAAUGCUGUUCUGGACUACAGCUCCCAUCUGCCCCAGCAGCAUGCUUCUGGCUGGGGUAGAUGGUAUUUGUAGUCCCAAACAGCUGGAGGGCAUCAGGUUGGGGAACGCUGCUCUAGGACAUGGCGGGUGAAUAUAUUUAUUUAGCCUUCCCAGGGAGAAGGCCGGGGGAAGAUUAUUUUCAUAAAGAAAUUAAGCAUCUGCGCUUACAGGUGCAUGACUGCUAAUUUAUUAUACCAGUAGGAAACACACACUCAGGCAGCCAUAUCCGUUCAUGCCUGCCUUGACACCCUGUUUGCUCCCAUCAGGGGAGCCAACUUGAAUAAAAUAUUGUGGGGGCCCAGGUAAGCCCAGCCCCACAUAAUCAGUCACAUGAUGCAAUGCUCACACCAUUUGAAUGGGAAUGCCAAUCAACUUUGUUGGGGUGUGGCCCCCUCAAAUAUUUUAUUGUGGGGGCUGAAGCCUCCACGGCUCCUGGGAGUGGGCUCCUAUGGCUCCCAUAGAUUCACAUCCACCCAAGCCCAUUCCCCGAGGCACCCAAUACAGCUAGAGUGCCUUGCUCCGUGCAAAUCCAGCUUUGCAGCUUAAGAACAGAAGUUACUGGCCUGCAAAAAGAUGGUUUAGGGUUCUUGCUCACAAACGCCUGUGCUCCUCAUCAGUGCACAUUGAUUGUCAUCUUGAAAGAAAGACAACCAGCUCUUUUUUUCCAAUUUACCUUUCUAGUUGCCUGGAGGUGUUUAGUAAUGGCCACAGGCGAUCAGAGGAGGGGCUAUGUAAAAAGCACUGUGCAGUGCUUUCCCCUUUUGCAAGGCCAGUGAAUUUGGUCUUGGGCAAGGUGAACAUCUGGGCAGGCAGAGCAGCUCCCCCUGAAGGCGAGUAGGAAACACAGCAGGUUCAUGGGUCAGGUUUUCCAGCAUUUAUUAGGCUACAUCUGCACUGCCACUCCUUAACGGCAGGUGUUUGCUUUGCCCUGGCUGGCUGUAAGAAGCUUUUCUAAUGCUCCCAGGCCCUUAGGUUGUAUAUUGGGCCAGGGUUUGUUUUUUAAGAAAAAGCACAUGACAGCAAUCCUCCACCAAUAGUGGAUGCAUCCUCUGCCUCUGGGUGAUUCAAGUUCCUAGAAUUGUACAGUGUUGAGUGGGGAGAAACGAAGGUGUCUGUUGUUGGAAUGAGUCUGUGUACAUUAGGGAAAAUGAGGGGAAAGCAGAACGUGAAUAGCUUUAAAAGAGGAGCAGACAGAUUCAUAGAGGAGACAGCUAUCUUAUGGCUACUAGCCAUGACGGCUAAGCUUUGCCUCCACAGUCAGAGACAGUAAUGCAUCUGAAUGCCAAUGGCUGAAAACCACAGGAGGGGAGAGCGCUGUGUCACUCACAGGCUUCUGGUUGGCCACUGUGAGAACAGGAUGCUGAACUGGCUGGGCCACUGGCCUGAUCCAGGCGGGCUCUUUUCAUGUAUUUGUGGAAGGGGAACGGUUGGCCAAAGGCAGUGAUGUGAGAGGCACCGUGGAAUGCCUAUCUAAGCAAACGCGGGGUGGGGGGUGGGGGGUCGUAUGAAGGUUGAAAAAUGCCUGCUUAAAACGAGGCCCUCAAUUUUAUGCCAGGGCAGGCAGGAUUUGGCAACCAGAACAGGGAAGGGUUAGGUAAGUGUGGCAGUGUGGGCUGUACAAAGCUAGGCAGGGACACACCUUGGAACAAAAUUGCUUGCUGGAUAGGCAGAGAGAGAGAGAGAAAGAAAGGGAGAGUGGAUUGGGCGAGGUGAUGGGAAUGGGAAACUGCAAGGGAAGAAGAGGGGCUGUAUCAGAGGAGAAACAGUGGGGAGAGGGACACUGGCUGCUGCAGAAGCUGGAAGGGGGACGGGGGGGGGGAUUUUCUCCCUCCAUCAGUUGCUGAGGUGCCCAGAUAAAAUGCUCUGCCUAUACAGGAUGCUCGGUGGGUUAACUGGUGAAUCGUAGCCCUGGUGGACAGGUCCAUUGCUCUGCCACGGUGCCCUGGCCCCAACACCAGCUCUACUGUCAGGCUUGUAGCCCCACCAAGAAAUGCAAUCCCAAACGUUCCUUGUUGGAGACUUUGGCAUGACGAAUUAACAAGCGGAAACCCAAAAUCAGGACUGCGAAAGCAAAAUGCCGCGAUCCUGGGCCUGCCCCGGGGAGCUCAAGGGACGCCAGAGUGAUGCAGCUUGAACGAGGGAUCCCUGCGGUAACACCCGCCUGCACGUCUGCCAAGGCAACUGCUGCAUCUCAGCGCUUGGGGGGGGGGGAGGAUUCCCUCUACGAAGACUUGCUUCUCCCCCAAAGGAGGCAGCUUCCACCUCCUUUUGCAUUUUAACACUAGCAGCUGCCUGCUCCCCACAUGUGAAAGAUUCCAAUUCGUAUACUCAAUAAAAGAUUAACAUGAUAUACA